AUGGGCUGUGCGGGUUUUCACAACUCUGCCCAAUGCCCGAUCCAAGACACUCAGCCAAAAUGUGCGAAUUGCACAGGAGCGCACCCCGCCAACUACCGGGAAUGCAGUUUCCACCUUGAAGCACUAAGAGUUCGCAAUCAGCAACUCGAAAGGCUUCGCGCCGCCCGCAAGCAGCGUAACGGCAACACACCCGCCCUAACCAACGCGAAGCAGCGCACUAACUUCCCGUCGCUCGCAACCCCAGCCGCCCCAGCGCCCCAGCAUGGUGGGGGCAAUCCCUCUAAUCACAUUCGCUUGGUAACGAGCUUUCUUAUUGUGAGUGGAGGAACUUUGAAUCUCAAGGAGAUGUUUUUUGUUGCCAUUUCGUGGUUUCCAAAAGCCACUGUGCAGGUAUGUUGUACAUUCUUCCUGGA